UUAUUAUUAUUAUCUAUGGUAUAUAAAAAGUGAUAUUGCAAAUGUAUAAUUUCCUUAUUCUUUUUUUUUUCUAUCUUAUUUUGUACAUCCAUAAUGGGAAAUCAAAGCAAGAUAAAUAACAUAGUACUCCAAAGAUUGAAACACUUAAUCAAGCUUUCAAUAAAUAAGCCUUUUGAAACAAUGGCGAUUGUCUUAUUGCUAUGUCUAUUCUCUUAUAUGUAUCUUCUUCAAACUAUCAAUUUUUCUAUGACUAGCAAGGACAUAAACUCAAUACCAGAGCACAAUCCAAUUCAUGUAUAUGUAAAUGAUGUCUAUGGUAGACAAGAGAUUCAAGAAGACAUGAUAGAAGAUAACCCUAUUAUUAUCAUUAAACAAUUCAUCUUACGUAGUCAACAAAAUAUGAUGAAAAGAGAUAGUUUAGCCUCUGUACUUGCCUUUCAACGCCACAUUGAAAAUGAUUUUUUGAAAAAUUUCUGUUUUCAUAAUGAAAAAGGGGGCUGCUUUAUUAAGAGCCCAUUAAUUUAUUGGGACUAUGACAUUCAUAAAUUAUACUCUGACAAAGAUAUCAAAAGGACCAUCAAAAGGAAACAAGAUUAUGAACAUUAUUUCUUGAUGAAGAAUAAUAAUUAUGCAAAUGGAAUCGUAUUAUCUUAUGUAUUAAAUGAUUCCUACAGCAAUAAUCAAUUAAAUCGUUGGGAAUACGACAUUAUUCAGUCUGAAAAUAAUUUCUUUAAAGAGCGAAAACAGUCGCAAUUAUGCAGUAGUAGUAACUAUUUAAAGUUUAUUUAUAAAAACGCUUAUCAGACUCUAAAUACAAUUGAGUCGUGUAUUAUUUUAACUGGUCAUGUCUUUAUGAUAAUUACUUUAAUUUCUUUAUUUUACAAUAUGAAGAAAAUCGUUAUUGAAUCACAAUUCUUAUUGACUUUUGCCAUCAUUUUGAACGGUAUUUUUGCAUUGAUAUUUGGUGUAUUUACGACAAUUCAAAUAUUUAAAAUUGAAGUUACAAUAUCUUUGUUAAUGUAAAAAAAAAAUUUUUUUUUCUAACCGCUUUAUAAAUGAUUUUGUCUCAUUCCUUUAUAAUUAUUAUAGUGAAGCAAUUCCAUUUAUAGUGAUCACGAUUGGAUUUGACAGACAUAUCAAAUAUACAAAAGCCAUGUUGUCUAACAGCAGUAGUGAUGAUAAUAAUUAUUUACCACUACAACUGCGAGUUAACAACUCAGUUAUUGGUGUACUUUCUUGGGA